AUGAUUACUCAUAGCACAGAACGCCCUAUUGAAUGCAAAAUCGGUCAUAAGACGUUCAAAGAAAAACACACUUUGACAAGACAUAUGCGUAUUCAUACAGGAGAACGCCCUUUCAAGUGUGAAAUAUGCAAUCAGGCAUUCACACAAAAAGGUAAUCUGAGAUCACACAUGGUUACUCACAGUAAAGAGUGUCGCUUCAAAUGUGAAAUAUGCAGUAAAACAUUCUCCCAAUCGCGUUACUUGAAAAGGCACAUGAUUAUUCAUACAGGAGAACGCCCUUUCAAAUGUGAUACAUGCAAUAAGAAAUUUUCACAAUCGAGCAACUUGAAGAGACACAAGUUGAAUGUUCAUAGUGGAAAACGUGAUGGAGAUCAAUAA